AUGUCUGAUACAGCUGAUGUUGCCAUAACAACAUCAAAUGUCAUAUUAAUUAUCACCUGCAUCGUGGGAAACUUUUUCGUUUGUGUUGUAGUGAUGAAAAAUCGCGAUAUGAGGUAAGGCGCUUGUUAAUCUAAAUACUUCCUCAAAUUGAUAAUUUCACUGCUGGGCAUGCGCAAUGCUGUCCCCUUUCCUUUUAUUUGAUCUUUGUCGGGAUACCGUACGAUACGGAUAAAAAACCUGAGCACUCCCCUUGAUCUUUAAGUAAGAGGGGGGGUGGGGGGCGGCCUCGAAAAUGUUUUUUCUUGCCCCUACGGCCUAACUUUGGUCUAAGAACAAGGGUAGGGGGGGAGAGGCCCCUAGCCCCACCUCGUUUUUGCAUGGUAGAACAACUUCCAUUUCACUUUGCUCCGCAGAAGAUGCGGAAGAGUCUCCUACACAGCCGUUUUCACGGUCGUCACGCAAUGCUGGGGAGGAGCGUUGCGUGACGACACUAAAAACUGCUGUGUAGCUAUGACUAAUACAAGAACAGAACAGGUGAGUUUUUAUCUCUCAUUUAAUUUCCAUUUGCAGUUGACCAUUUAAAAGUGUGAGUUCCCUAUGCCCCAUCACAUUUUUCCUUAAGUCAAAUGCAGGUUGUUUACAUAAAAAGGUAUACAUGUUAAAGCGAGCUCUGGACUUUCAAAGUUUAUCGAAACUCGCUUAUUGAAUAUCAAUCGUGCUUGAUGAAUUAGCGGAGACACCGACAUUAGGAGAAGCAUAACACUCGAUCAGGCACAAAUUUCAUGAUACAGAUACAAACAAAAGCAAAAACUCUGGGCCCCUUUGGGGAACAACUGUAAGCUAGGAUGCUAACUCAGGAAACCUUGUACCGUAAUUUACUUGCCUUAUUACUCUAUUUCUAUCAAGUUUUUACAUAUAUUUGAAACUCCCGGUGAAGCUUUGUGUUCUCGAAGCGUCGCCGCUUAUUUGCCCUCUCGCCAAUGAGGCUAUGAGAUGAACUUGUGUGCGAAAUUCGUAAAGUUCCUGUUUUUCGUCGGACGGGUCUUCUUUACAAUCCUAAUCUGAAAUUUAGACCUUCAAAGAGGCCUUUCAGAGGAAGAAAUCCAUCUUUAAACACACUCUGCGAAGAUGGACAAACAUUUUAUAAACUGGGCACAGGGAGCUCAGUUAAUAAUAUAUAAAGCUAUGGGUUGAACAUCAAGCCUUUUUUGCGAAUCUUCUGCCAUUUCUAAAAGACAGCGACAACGUUUGAGUGAUGUAGCUUUAGGCAGAUCUCCAGAAACUAUGAUCACACGCCUUUUCUUCCCGUAGUAGUCAGCCGUAUGUAAUUUGAGAACGGUUACCUACGAGUUGGCUCAAGGAUCCAUUUGAGGAUAUCACUAACUGAUUGGACACAUUAUCCCACAGGAUUCCCAUCAACUACCUGCUAACUGACUGGACACAUUAUCCCACAGGAUUCCCAUCAACUACCUGCUAACUGACUGGACACAUUAUCCCACAGGAUUCCCAUCAACUACCUGCUAACUGACUGGACACAUUAUCCCACAGGAUUCCCAUCAACUACCUGCUAACUGACUGAACACAUUAUCCCACAGGAUUCCCAUCAACUACCUGCUAACUGACUGAACACAUUAUCCCACAGGAUUCCCAUCAACUACCUGCUAACUGACUGGACACAUUAUCCCACAGGACUCCCAUCAACUAUCUACUGGUGAACCUGGCAACAGCAGACAUCUGCUACGCCACAUUCAUAAUCCCGACGAUUAUCUUGAACCACAACGUCGGCCAUCCAAAGGGGAUUUUUGGAACAUUUCUGUGUGCAGUUAUAACCGGGGGAAGUUUCGGGGGAAGUUUCGCGUGGAUUGGAGGAAUUGCGUCAAUGUUUACACUGCUUGUCAUUGCGUUUGAACGAUACUUUGCCGUAGUACAUCCCUAUGGAAACAGAGGAAAGCUAACUUUACAGAGAUUGAAGGUUUGAUACUUUGAAAUACUAUGUGGCAUUAUCAGCAAAUUAUAUUAUAUUCCUGUACGAACUUAGAUCAGUUUCCACGAUGACAGCUCUCUCUCCCGAAGAGGCUACCGUUAAGUAUUCCAGUAAAAAUAGAAAUAAUGGAAAAGUAGCAAGCGCGCAGGGGACGAUGGGAAGAGAGAAAACGCGGGAGACCUUGCUUCCGCUUCCUUUCGUCCUUUCAUUUUCCCUAACCCCAGCCUCCCCUCCAUACGACACAAAGAGGACUCUGCGGAGGAGAGAGCGACGACAGAGUCGGCUUCUUGGUCUGUGAUUCACCUUUCUCAGUUCUUUUAUGUCUCCUUAGGUGAUUAUUCCUGGAAUCUGGAUCCUUGCACUAAUAGAUAACAUUCCAUCAUUUAUGAGGCGGAGCCGCUUUGUUGAAGAGGAUAGUUCCACCCCUUGCAUUUUUUUGUUGUCCAAAGAAAGCAUAAGAAAAUGCCGCACGGUUUAUCUCUCAAUCAAUUGCCUCGUCAUGAUCCUGCUGGUCUUGAUCUACUCCAGAAUUGUGUACACAUUGUGGUUCAAGCAAAGUGGUAAUGCCGUACUCACAAAUCAGGUAGGACCCUUCGCUUUAUGCAAGGUAAUAUCAAGACAGUCUUGGAUUCUGGAUUCUGGAUUCCAGGUACUGAACUCCAGAUUCCAAUCAGUAGUGGGAUUCCGUAUUCCUUGAGCUGGAUUGACUCUAAAGCCCAAGUAAACAAAUUCCACAAGCAAAAAAAUUUCCUGGAUUUCAGAAUCUGUAUUCCCUUACAUGGGGCCAAAACCCUUAUCAGGACAAAUUAUUCGUCUGAGGACUACUCAUAAUAGUUUUAUAUGGAGAAAGUUCCGCUCCGAGGUCCAACCCUUCACCCUCUGACAGAAAAGGUACCCCUUUCGUAUACCCUCCAUUGAAAAAUAUAACCCCUCUAAAAUACCUAAUAAGAAUAAAUUACUGAAACUGGCCUAUUUUACUCAAUGGCGAGCUUGACUGGAUAGUUCUGAGACCAGCGAAUAAAAUCUAAAGUGAGACGCGCCUGUUAACGUCUGGUGUUAAAAUAAAGAGUUUAAGUUGGCUGAAGGUCGGACGCCGAGCCGUUACGUCCUACGCGUACUCAGUUAUCAGCUCAAUUUUUGGAAAAUUGACGGGUACCGGUUUCUACCCAUAACCAAGUUAUCAAUGAAAUUCUUUGGAUCUCAGAUACAGUUUUUUCUUAACUAACGCGAGAGAUGAAAAUGGUUUGUUCUCAUGUUGGUGUUUGGGUUGGCCAAAUUGGCCUGGUAAGGGACGUUAAGUUCUGUCUGUUUAUCUACGUUUAGUGGAUUCGCAAAAAAAUAGAUAAACAAAUAAAUAUCAGCUGUGUGAUCAGUCAUCCUCGGACACCUAGGGGCAGUCAGUCGGCUCGGAAGAAAGGCACAACGAAAGUUUUCAAGAGUUAGCAGUUCAGACCUCUCAGUCAUAAUACAUACGUUAACAAGACCAAAAAGGUCAUUUAUUCUUAUGUAUUCUAAACGACACUGCUCAUAUCAAAGAUCAGCCUUAAAUCUUCAGUCUUCAGAUUACUUCUGAUUUAACCCUUAUGGGUAGCAACUCUUUUUUUUUCGGCACAAGUUACAUUACUAACUUUGUUUAUUCACUGUUUUCUCAACCAAUCGCGUGAGAUCUUCCGAGAGCUGCAAGGUCGCACAGCUAUAUUGUAAGCUUGGGUGACCUGUGGCUUAUCAAUCGUUUUGUACACAGGGUGUAUUGAGGUUGAGGAAGCGAGUGACCUUGAUGGUUGUAACCGUGAGCGCCAUUCUUGUAAUAUCUUGGGGAGCAGAUUCGAUACUCCAUCUGUUAGACGAACAUGCUGCUGGCUCCGUGAAACUGAGUCCUUUAGCUAUUCCUAUCGCGCACACGAUGCUGUUGUUCAACUCAGCUAUCAAUCCAUUUGCGUACGCUCUGCUGAACCAAAGAUUCAGGAAAAAGAUGAGGCAGAUGAUACGAUCAGGUUCCUUUGCAACAAGGAUUGGUGCUAUGUUCAUGAGACGGGGUGAAUCACAGGACAACGACACUGGUCACACCACUGGAAGCAUUCAAAUGACACAGCAAGACCAACUGCGUGAAAGGGCGGCGACAAUUUCCCGGGAAAAUGUAUUAUGA